GCGCCUCCCUCCCCCCACCAAAACGUAGCAGGUGCAUCGCAUCAAGAGGCCUGGGAUAUCUGGGGGAGGGAAGGUGGGGUCUGGAGCAAUGGAGGCGGGGGAGCUCUUCGUGGACGGGCAGCCGCCGGACUUCUCGGUGCUGCCGGAGCUGCUGUGCCCGCCCUGCCUGGAAGCCGAGCCCGGCUGCAGCGGGGCAGAAGCAGCCGCCCUCCAAGGCUCCAGGUGUGAGCCGUUUAGCGGGAUGGCUUGCUGCCUCCAGAUCCCAAACAGCAGAGCCCUUGGUCUAGUGCCGGAAACCGACCCGCUGUUCUCCCACCUGGACCCGAUCGCCAACAACCCUGAAAAGCGUCAGCGGCCGGCGGGCCUGGCCGUGCACCCUGCGUGUGACGUCGGGGUGCCUCACAACGGCUGCUUCUUCCCGUCUUUAGCCUCCUUCGGUUCCUUGGAUGCCCUGAGCCUCAUUAGCUUGCACUGCUCAACCCUCGUCUCGAAGCCUGUUGAUUGGGCCGAGUCCGCAGAAGGCAAAGGGCCCGUGCAAGAAUGGACCUCCGGCACCCUUUCCCCAGAACCGUGUGCUAGUUCUCAGCUGAACGCCCCUGCGGAAGGGCCUGGAGCCCUGCUUCUGCAGGAGUCCGGCCUUCCACACGGACCUGAGUCGCAGGAGGGGGUGAGAAGAGUGCCCCGCAAGCAGGGCAGGCCCAGGCGGAGCUGUGAACGUCUGGAGCCAGACUUCCAAGGAGUGACCUUUCAGAUGCAGUUGUGUCUCCAUAAUGGCGGUUCAGAGGGCUGCCGGCUCCUCAUGAGCCACCAAUAUAGCAGGUACUGAGGCUAGGAGUUCUUCUCGGUGUCGGUGGCAAAAGUGUAUUGGUUGAGGCCAGGGCUCUUUUUGUAGCAGGAACUCCUUUGCAUAUUAGGCUGCCCCCCCCCCCCCCGAUGUAGCCAAUCCUCCUGGAGCUUCUAGUAGGCCCUGUAUGAAGAGACCUGUAAGCUCUUGGAGGAUUGGCUACAUCAGGGAUAUGCAGGGGUACAAAAAAUACAGAAUCCGGUGUUUUCAAUGCUGGAAUAUUCCAAAGCACGGAGGAAAACCUUGCUCUCAUUGUUUGAGCUGUGGAGACAAAUUCCACACAGGAGCUGCCCAACAGAAAUCUGAAAAAGAUGUGGAAAUUUCUUAAAGCUUUCUGGUUAGAUUGGAUACCAAAAAAGCUCUCGGGAAAUCGGACUGACAUGAGUGAAGGGUGCGGACGAACAGCGGGAAGAACAUUUGAUAUGCCAGCCAAGAGGUUGUAGGGGUAUGAAUUUUUGUUUGGUUUUGUCUGUUACUUGCUCUAUUGUUUUUGUGUGUAUUGUGCCAAGUGUCAAAGGAGGCAAGAAAAAAACCUGACAUUGUUUCAGGGAAGGAAGUGCUUCCUUUAUUUCUACCUUCUAGCAGUAAUAAAAAGUAUUCAUAAGAGGGCAAAAGUACGGUCUUCUCUGGAAGGCCAAGGGAGGUUUGUGCAGAAAUAAUUUUGAAAGAAUUUACAUUCCUCUGUCAAAGUUCUUUGAGUUCUAGGUUUAACAUUUUCUCUCUCUGUCUCUGUCUUUCUCUCUUUACCCCAAACCCUACCCAUAAUUCUUGUUACUGCUUUAUGGUUAACAGUGCCUUUCUCUAAAGAGACAUGGCAAUAUCCAGUAAUAGAAUUUUCCCACAUUGUUAGCUCUGCAGGACAGUGAUAAUUUAACAGACAUGGGGAGGGGACUGUCCAACAAAAAUAACAUGCACCCUACCUCUUCCAGCGCAGGGGGACUUUCAACAGAUCAGGGGUUUGAUUGUCUUUUUUUAAAAAAAGCAAUAAUUACUUCUUAAUGAAGCACUUUGCUUAUGCGUUGGUAUCGUCUGUCUUUUGCACCAGAUACACCAUGAUGACACAGGUAACAUUUGAACUGUGAAAUAUUUUUAUAUACGCUUGUCGAAGGGUUUCUUGGGAGAUAGACAACCAGUGUGCAGGAAGUUUUUGACUUCUGAAUAGAUUCUGGAUGCCCCUGUUUGUAUGUUGCUGUCCACUUACGAUUGUCGCAGACUACACUGUAUGUAUUUCCUUUUGGCUGUAUUUAUUUUUGCGCAUAGUAUUUAUUUUUGUAAAAUGUGACUGUUUUUGCAAUAGCAAAACAAACAAACAAAAAGCCAAGGUAUAACAUUUAAAGCUGUAACUUGCCUCGUUCUUUUCAAAGAAUGCACUAAAUGAGCGUUUUGUUCAAAACUAGGAACAAGCUUUUUGAUGAGUAACUUAACUACCUCUGCAUCUCUAAAUAACUCUCAGCACUUUUGCAAUAAAUAUUCUGAAUUGUCACAGCA